GCUGGGGGUGGUGAUGGUGCUUCUGCUGGUCGUUCUCAUCCCGGUGCUGGUGAGCUCGGCCGGCACGUCGGCGCACUACGAGAUGCUGGGCACCUGCCGCAUGGUCUGCGACCCUUACGGGGGCACCAAGGCGCCCAGCACGGCCGCCACGCCCGACCGCGGCCUCAUGCAGUCCCUGCCCACCUUCAUCCAGGGCCCCAAAGGCGAGGCAGGCAGGCCCGGGAAGGCGGGCCCGCGGGGGCCCCCCGGUGAGCCCGGGCCGCCGGGCCCCGCGGGCCCGCCGGGCGAGAAGGGCGAGCCCGGCCGCCAAGGCCUGCCGGGCCCUCCCGGGGCGCCCGGCCUGAACGCGGCCGGGGCCAUCAGCGCCGCCACCUACAGCACGGUGCCCAAGAUCGCCUUCUACGCCGGCCUCAAGCGGCAGCACGAAGGCUACGAGGUGCUCAAGUUCGACGACGUGGUCACCAACCUCGGUAACCACUACGAUCCCACCACGGGCAAGUUCACCUGCUCCAUCCCGGGCAUCUACUUCUUCACCUACCACGUCCUGAUGCGCGGAGGGGAUGGCACCAGCAUGUGGGCCGAUCUCUGCAAAAACAACCAGGUGCGUGCUAGCGCGAUCGCCCAAGACGCCGAUCAGAAUUACGACUAUGCGAGCAAUAGUGUGGUUCUUCAUUUGGAGCCAGGAGACGAAGUCUACAUCAAAUUAGAUGGUGGGAAAGCCCACGGAGGAAACAACAACAAAUACAGCACAUUUUCGGGAUUUAUUAUCUAUGCUGACUGAUCAUGCAAAAACUAAGCUUAUUACUCUGAGUUUGGACACUGGAUUCGUGUGGCUAACGUCAGUGAAUCGAGGACCCCAGGGGAUGCCGGAUGCGGGGCGCCUCAGCUGUGUGUAUGUGGGGAAUUCAAAUGCUACCUGACUCACAUCUGUAUACUCAGAAACAUUAUGUAAAAAAAAAUAUUAAAAGCAAGAUAAGCAGAUGUUGAUCACUACCGCCAAAGCAAAUAUUCCUAUUGUUCGUGUCGAUGUGAAUGAAGUCCUAUAUAGAUCACAAAUUUUUAUAGAAAAAUCUAAGACACUGAAUUAUUUCUUCCAUAUAUAUGAUACUUUGGUGUACUGUGAUCUUGCUGCUCUUAUCCAUAUGUCAGCUUUGGUUCUUGUGAGUUUACCUGCUUAUUAUGAUACUCGGGGUCCAUUCAUAGUGUAGGGAAGAAUGAUUUUUACCCUGCAGGAGGAGGUCUCAUUGACAUAAUGCUGCUUUGUCCCCAAAGAAAUUGUCUGCCUUGUACUCCUGUUAACUUUAGAGCUAGACCUGGGAAUGAUUCAACUUUAAGCCUUAACCUGGAAUUUUCUGGAUUUGAGGGAAUUCCCAAGCCUGUGAUCAUGUUUCACAUUCUUUUUCUUAGGAAUCUUCUUUCCUCUCUUUUCGGGUGAUAGUCUUUAAAAGUAGAGAUUGAACUUGUAUCAUAGGAUUACCCUCUAAGUGUGUAAACGUGUAGUUACGUAUGGUAUUUAGAAAAAUCCCCCUGUGUCCAGUUUGUCAAUAGAAUGCAUUUAGGUUUACUUGGAAAGUCAGAGAAAUUUAUUCUUUAGUGUUAAAUCAGACUGAGGCUUUUGCCUUCUUUGGAACAAAAGAUUAUUCGUAACCCAACGCAUAUAGGUUUAAUUUGCGCUGGUGCAUGCGUCACCAAGGGGACACUAAGUAAGGCCUUCAAAUAGUUACAACAAGUCAUGGCCUGAGGUUAUUUCAACGUGAACAAUUUCACAUAUAACCAAUACGACAAUAAAGUGUAUAUAUUUUAUACAAAUAACCUGCUACAUAUAUAUAUGUAUGUGUACAUAUAUAUAUGUUAGAUGAAAUGUAUGUAUGGCUUCAGACCAUAGGCACAAUGGCUGUAUAGCCCCAAAAAUUUAAUUUAAAGAAGUGUACGUGUAGGCACACACACAAACGUGUAUAAGUUAUUUGACUUAUCUUGGAUUGAAAUAUAUUUUGGAAGACAAAAAUAUAUGAAGUAGCAAAAUAAUUUAGAUGACUUCUAAGAAUUAUCCAGAAAAUUAAAUUUUAUUAGGUUAAAAUGCCCCGGAAAUCAUGUGUCUGUAAAUUAGGUCUGUGGCUUCUUUAUUACCAUAUGCCAAUCAAUACUUUCACUGCGUUCUGUGGCCGACUGUUACUGUUAGGACUGCAGAGAUGAAGUAGCUGUCCUUUGCAGUGUUUAUGAAAUAUAUGCAUUUGAAUGAGCAACGUUUUUCUUUUUUCUCAGGUGGACCGAAGCUGACAGUAAAGUAGAUUUUGAGAGUAGUGCAAAUCCUUCCUCUCCGGUUAAAGUACACUGCCAAAAGCCAUCUCUUUAAUCUAAGAAAAAGAUUUAAAAUGCAUGUUGAUACGUCCUAACUAUCAGACAGCUUCCACUAUUACAAUGAAAAAUCUGUUCCACUCUCAGGUGCCUUUGAAGACUCUUUGAGAAGUAGAUUUCAAAAACAGAGAUUGAAAAAUCUGCCUGUUUUACUGGCGAAGGACAUUUGCAUUUUUUUCAUUUAAAGGAAUUAGUUUGUUCUGUUUGGCUCAUUCCUCUUGGAUACUUUCUGUUCUAAUACACAGAAAGCUUGAUCAUCGUUGAUCCAUGGAAAUAUCUUUUAUUUAGCCAACCUCAACUUUCCAAAAGAGUUAUGCCUGGUGUUCCCAUCUGAAUGUGCUGUUUGCUUGGUUUAAAUGCCUUGGUCUGAGUAACUCUCAUGAUUUAUAUGAUUAAAAACAUGUAAGCCCGUUUAUCAAGAAUAAUGGCUAAUUCUAUUUGGCCUUUCUAAUAUGUAAGAUAACUCAUAAAGGAAUUGCAGUGGAUUUUAUUUCCAUUUAACAAUAUGUAUUUAUCAAAGAGGAAUUAGCAGUAGGGGUUUGGAGAUUUUUUUUUAGGUAACAAAUCAUAGCAAAGGAUUCAACCAAAAGAUUAGCUUAUAAACAGCAGAACAGGUCAACUGAGAGUUUUAAAAAGGCUUUAUUUACACAAAACAUCAGGGCUGGGUGUCUUUUAAAGAGUUGGCUCUAGAAUCAGACUGUCACUUCUAAUAGAUCUGACAUUUUCUUCAGAUAAGUAAGCGUUAUUUUCUCUGUUCAGGCCCAAGGAAAGACAAAUAUAAAGGUAAAGGAAAUAAAGAGAAUAUACAUAAGGCAAACAUUUCUCUUUUUUUUUUUGCAUUCUAUAUUAUUAAUUAAAUUGUGGCCUUUGUUACCAUAAAUGUAAUGAUUCAUUAAACUAUAUUAUGUAAUAUA